AUGAGCGCUCUAGCGUUUCUCCAUGAGGGAACCGAUAACCAGCACCGGAGGGGUCGCGACGAAUGGAGGCCAAUCGUAGAUCGAGGUGUUAAGUUCGAGAAUGUACUGGUAAAGAGCGUGGGCUCCAAAGACGACUGGUCAGGUAUUGAGGUAGAGCUAGGCGACUUCAGUAUGGCCAGUUACUACAACCUAGAAGAUCCUAAUCCUCGCGGGCAUGUUGCAAGCAAUGUAUGGGGCGUCGCAACCAUCAUCCACGAACUCGCUCAUAACUUUGGACUGCUCGUAGACCCUAACGUCAUCGAGAAGAAGUGGUUUCUGCAAAACGACGAAGCACUGUACCUAGAUUUCUGGCCGAAGAACCUCAAGUGGAACUACUGGUCAAGCAAAGCGCCUCGGAGACCUGUAUCAAUCAACAUCGAACCCAGCGCUCCUAUUCCAAUAUUAGUCGACGAGCGACUUGGAUACAACACACAGGCAUUAGCGUUUUGUCCGUGUAGACCAAGUCCGAACUACUCUGAUGCACUGAAUCAUUGCAUGAUGGCAGGGUUAGCAAUGUCUCCAGUUGAGCGGCCAGAGUCUGAACAAUUAUUGCGGCAAAUCGAGACAGCACAUGCGGACAUUCUUUUCCAGGACCUGUGCUUGGCGCACAAUCGCGAGACGAUCAUAGAAGAUGAGGAGAUCGAAGAGGAUGACGCGGGAUGCGACUACUGA